CAAGUAAAAAUUAAAAGCAAAAACAAACAAACAAACAACAAUAACAACACCCACCGCGUUCCAUAAAAACCCAAACGGUUGAAUAAGACACAAGAAAAUAUAAAUAAAUAGAAGCAAAAGAACAACGCAACGCUCGAAAAUCAAAACAACAACAAAGCAAAACAAAACACACAAAAAUAAAAGUGGCCAACGGAGAAGGCGCAGCGGCGACAACGACGACGACACACACACACAUGCAUAUAGAAAGAAGCACAAAAUAUCCAUAAUUCUUUACACACAGAGACACACACAGGCACAGACACAUGUGCACGCUUAUGCACUCUAUAUAGAGGGUAUAGAGACAUCUGCACACCUGACACCAGAGACACAGCGAGACACGCAGAAAGACUGAAAGACAGACAGCGAAGAGCAGCAAAAGGAACAACAACAUAAACAAAAACAAACGAGCAACUAACUAAAAACAAUGACAACGAAACCACCGAGAAAAGUCGCACCCGAUGGCGGUUGGGGUUGGGUUGCCUGCUUCGGCGUCAGUUUGGUCAAUCUGGCAACGCGAUCGAUUGAGCCAUCUUUUGGCUUGCUGUUUGGAGACACGCUCAAAAAUCUGAAUGUGGGCACCACGGGCGCCGCGGUGAUAAUCAGCACGAUGGAUGUGUGUAUGAAUUUCUCGGGCCUGUUUGUGGGUCCGCUGCUGAAGGAGUUCUCCUAUCGCAAGGUUGCCAUCGCUGGCUCCCUGCUGUGCGGCCUGGGACUGGCGCUGACCUCAUCGGCGAACACGAUGGCCCACAUCCUCAGCACAUACGGUGUGAUCAAUGGCAUUGGCGUCGGUCUGUCCACGUCGGCAGCAUUUGUGGCAUUGAAUCAUUAUUUCAAGUACAAACGCGGCCAGGCUGUGGGUCUAUCGAUGGCGGGCACAGCGAUGGGUAUGCUGAUAAUGCCGCAGCUGGUGCGCAUCCUGCUCGAGUGCUAUGACUUUCGGGGUGCGGUCCUCUUGCUGUCUGGCGUCGCACUGAAUGCCAUCGUUGGCUCCGUCCUCCUGCAACCGGUCAAAUGGCACAUGAAAGAGGAAUUUGACGAUGAGGAACUGAUUUGUAUAUCGGCGCUGCCGACGCCACAACCUCAAAUGAAUUUUGGAACGCCGGGCGGCGGUACAGCAGCGAAUCCGCCGCCAUCAUUUAAGGUGAUCAAAGAGGAUGGCAAUGAGGAGGAUGCACUGCCCGAGCUGAAUACGCUGCUGUUUAACAAGCAUCAUUCACACAACCAUCAAUCGAUGCGCAAAAACUACUCGGAGAUGGCAAUGAACACAAUGAACGGCUCCCGUUUGGGCCUAACCAAACGGCCAACAUUUCCGCGCAUCAUGUCCCUGGCUGGUGUCCAAUCCGCGGACGUGGGCAGCGGCAGCGGCGGUUAUCCAUCACAGGCCGAGGUGAAUACAACGAUAGUCCGAUGCCGGAAGGCAUCUGUCACAUCGAAUCUAUCGUAUAUGGACUUCACUGGAUCCAUACUGCAAGUGCAUCUGAAUACGGGCGAUGAUGAGUUCGAGCGGAAUGAUCGCGAACUGAGGCGCGUUGGCACAGCCACUGGCAGCAUAUUGGGUGGACAUCGCGAUAGUUUCAUCAAAAUGAAACCCACCGAGGAUGAGAAACAGCAAUCGGAGCGCACCGAUGAGGAGGCCAAGAAGAAGAAGACAGGCUUUUGGCGUCGCUUUGCCGAUCUGCUGGACAUUGCCAUGCUCAAGGACAAGAUGUUUCUCAAUCUGCUGUUUGGCCUCUCCAUUUUCUAUGUGGCCGAAAUGAACUUCAAAAUGGUGACGCCCUUCUUCUUUGCCAAUCUCGGUUACUCGAAGAGUGACGUCGCCUACUGUCUAUCGAUAACGGCCAUUACGGAUAUUGCGGCACGUAUUGUGCUGCCGCCACUGUUUGACAGGACGACGAUCAGGAAACGGACCAUCUUCUUGGUCUCGAUCAUUUUUGUGGCACUCACGCGUUCCAUUAUGGCCGAGCAAACGGAAUGGAAUCAGCUUAUGAUCUGGCUAUCGAUUUGCGGCUUUUUCCGUGGCUCAGCAUUGAGCAAUUUUACACUGACCGUCUCCGAGUAUUGUUCGCUGGAGAAGCUGCCAUCGGCCUUUGGAUGGCAUCUGGUUGGCAAGGCUGUAUUUGUGAUCAGCUUUGGGCCAUUGAUUGGUCUGAUUCGUGAUGUGAGCGAGAGCUAUCCGAUUUGCAUACACGCUCAGAGUGUUUGCAUCAUGAUAUGUGCUCUGGCCUGGAGCAUUGAGUAUCUGGUGGAGUUUGUCCAAUCACGUCGCCGCACUGGCGAUGCGGCACAGCAGAUGCCCACACAGGAUACACCAGCAGCAGCUGGAAGUGAAUCUGGAGCGGCAGCGGCAACGGGAGCGGCAGCGGCAGCGGCAGCGGGAGAAGCACCAACGGCGGAAACGGCAAGAAAGGAUGCCAAGCUGUAAUAUAUAUAUAUAUGGCCAAAGAGAUCAAGAGAGGAUUAUCAGAUAUGCAUAUAAUUAAUUACAUCGAUCCAACUCAUUAUUCAACUGAAACUAAAUGCAAACUACUUAUUACUUAAUUACUUCGAUAGAUUAUGUACCUAAAACGUUACGUUAUUUGCAAUUAGAAAUUCAUAAAGUGAAUGUUCCGAUCAGCCCAGCAGCAAUCAUUCUUAGUUUACUGACUCUGUGUGCCUACUACUUAUCAAGAUCAAGAAUGCAAUUAAAAAUGAGAGGAACAGAAACUAAAAAUAAAAAAUAUAUAUAUAUAUAUAUACAUCCUUAAUCAAUUUAUAUUUUGUUCGUGAAUAGAACGGUUGCUUCAUAUACAUAUAUAUAUACAUAUACAUAUACAUAUACAUAACAUAUGCAACGCAACCCCCAAACACCUCCUGAACAAAUUGUGUAUUAAACUUAGCUUUGUUUGGUUCUAUUCGCCGGUUUUCUUCCUUAGUUCGAUAUAUCGGAACAAGUAAACAAUUAAUUCUUGAUAUCAUUCAUAAUUCUAAGUAUAACAUGUCUCUAUUAUUAUUUUCUCUCUCUCUCUCACUCUGUCUCUCUCUCUCUCUCUUUUGUUUAUUGUAUGAACUUGUAUGUGAUAGUUCAAAGAUAGUUGAUAAGUUAGAUAUUUAAGGAUAAUCAUAUGUCAAAAUAUUAUUAUGAACAACAAGGCAUCAAAGCAAAAAUAACAAAACUGGCUUUAAAAUUGAUAUAAUGUACCUUUUUAAAUUGAAAUUAAGAAUGACCACAACAACAACA